CAAACACUCAACCCAAAGACCCAGUCUCCAAUAUCGGAAAUCUCUUCUCCUUUAGUUUUUGCCAAAUAUGGAAGACUUGAGCUUUUAUCUUGGAGUCAUAGGCAAUGUUAUUUCAGUGUUGGUGUUUCUUUCUCCAGCAAGAACGUUUUGGCGAAUACUGAAGCACAAAUCAACUGAGAACUUUGAAAGCCUUCCUUAUAUUUGUACAUUGCUGAAUUCUUCGCUAUGGACUUACUAUGGCAUCAUAAGACCUGGAGAAUAUCUUGUAGCCACUGUCAAUGGUUUUGGCGCUUUGGUUGAAGCUGUCUACGUCAUUUUAUUCCUCAUAUACGCUCCAUCAAAACAGAUCAGGGACAGAACGGCCGUUCUUGUUGGGAUCUUGGAUGUGGGUUUUUUAGCAACGGCUAUUCUCGUUACUCGGUUGGCUUUGCAAGGAGAGUUGCGUACUAUCGCUUUAGGCUUCAUCUGUGCAGGCCUCAAUGUUGUUACGUAUGCGUCGCCUCUUUCUGCCAUGAAAACAGUGGUGACCACCAAGAGUGUGGAAUACAUGCCAUUUUUGCUCUCGUUUUUCCUUUUUUUGAACGGUGGAAUAUGGGCUCUCUAUGCCUUGCUUGUCGGCGAUAUCUUUCUUGGGGUGCCAAAUGGAGCAGGAUUUGUACUGGGAGCAGCCCAGCUUGUGCUCUAUGCAAUGUACAGAAACGGCAAGCCAUCAAAGACUGCUGGGAAUGCAUUAGAAGAAGGAACCCGACAGGAACCUCUACUUGUUUCCUCCUCGUAGAAAUCAGCAUU